AAAGAAUAGCCAAACAGGUAAAAAGUAGCCACAAAAACACACUAGUGAAACAUUUAUUCUGGAUGUAGACUUUGAGGUUACGCAGAUUCGAUAUAGACUUUGAGGUUACCCAUAUUUGAUAUUGCACAUUAUUUGAGCUUUCUAAUAGUAAAUAGGUGUCACUUAUUUAUAGCAAAAGGAUAUUGUAUCAUUGACGAGCUGACAUGGUUGGCCAUAUAUUGAUUGUUUCUAUUGCUGUUCGAAUCAAGAAACAAUUCAUGGCUUGAAUAAAGUUAACAAAGCUGAUGCCGACAACAACAACAACUGCACAUUUAUUUGUGUCAAAGGAAAAAAGUACUUUUUUCCUGCCUUUGUCUUAAAACGACAAAAAAGGGACAAAGUGGGUAGUUGUGUAUGCUUUCAACCAUGUUACUUACGCAAGUUUGUGAACGGAAGCAAAAAUCGAGCCAUGGUUCAAAGAGGGGAGUAAAAGUAGCCCUGGAUCCAGUCAUUCAGGUUAGUUGCACGGGGGUAUCACGUAGUCAUUCAGCAUUCAGUAAGACCAAUUCCACGCUCAAUCGUUGUUGAGUAUGCGUAUGGUACUGUCAUUUUUAUUCAUUUCGGGAAGAAAUAAAAUGCUUUAUUUUGCCCGAUUGGCAGACGUUACCACAGUAGUCUUAGAAUGGAUCGGUGUUCAGUCAACCUUUUCAAGUACUUGACUAAUCAUCUGCAUUAAGAUUUCACAAAAGAUCCAAUAUUUCAUCACAACAGCUAAUUUCGAAAAAACAAAAACAAAAACAAACAAAACAAAACAACACAAAACAAAAAAACACACCCUCUAGGUAAUAGACCAUAACCAUUACACAGAAAGACCUUAACACAUUGUGAGUACAUGUACAUUAUAGGUUGCCUGAAGACUAGACCAAGCCUGAAAAUUACUUUUCUUUGCACCAGUGCAACCAAUAACAUAUAAGGCAUUAGUUCCCUAGCUCUUCUUUUGGUGACAAAUUUGAAAGUUUUAGAGGAAUGAUGUAAGGUACUGUUCUCCAUACAUGUACUUAUAUCCAUCUCUUUUGACUUAAAGUAAACUGAGUUGUGUUUUGAAAUUUGUAUCCCAAGCCUUAGAUAAUUGUCCCGGUGGCUGGCAUGGAUAUGGCAACUCUUGUUACAAGUUUGUUCACCAGUCCUCGUCAAUGCGAGACCUCAACUGGGAAAGUGCUCGUAGAAAUUGCCUUGAUUCUGGUGGAGACCUUGUUAGUAUAACAGACCAAUCAGAAAUGAGCUUCGUUUCUAACAAAUCUUUAAAUGUUUGGAAUCAGCAUUACUGGAUUGGGCUCAAUGAUCGACGCAAUGAAAGCCAAUUUGUUUGGAGUGAUGGUACACCUUACAAUGCCUCAGUGUAUAGUAACUGGCAUCCAAUGGAACCAAAUGAUCAGGGUGGCGAGGACUGCGUUGAGUUGAAAAGGACACAUUGGAAUGACGAAAGCUGCAAAAAGAAGUUUGGCUAUAUCUGCGAAAAACCCAAAGGACCUCCUAGGAUUAACGUGACUACAGUGAUACCAUCAGUCACAUCUGUGCCACCUAGAAUACUGAACCACGUUUCACCAACUUCCGUAAUAUGUGAAAAAUACACGCUGUGUUGUCUUUGUUGCUACGCAACCAGUGAUUCUCCAGUUACCUACUCGUGGACAAAGAAUGGACAGGAUCCAAUUAAUGACGACAUCAAGGUCAUAAACAACAACAUGAUUUUCGUCACUCCUGGCAGUGCGCAGGAUUAUGGGGUGUACGUGUGCAACGCUUCAAACAGCUUUGGUAGUACAACCUGCGAAAUAACCUUAACUGAAUACCGAAAGUCAGCAACUAAAGCAACUACCAAGGGAGAGGACAGUUUUUCCAAUAUCUACCGUAUUAUUGUCAUCGCUUUGUCCUGCCUUGUUUUGGUGCUGCUUAUUGCAGUUAGCCUGCUGACAUGGCGCCUUAGACGAGCUGUGAAUAACAACAGAGAAAAGACGCCACGGAGGGACACCUCUGAUGAAGUCAAGCAGCAUGACUCAACACGUGACCAGUAUGUACCAGAAGAACUUUCAUAUAUGGAACUCAAACCUAUACCUUUGGAAGAGCUGCCACACGCAACUCAAAAUUAUCAGUCACUACAGGACGCAGUAACGUCCUCUGCAUAUUACAAUGCGGGAAUUAAACGUGGAAAUAAUAAUCAAGAAGACGAAAUUUACUAUGAAAUAGGAAAUGCCCAAUGCUAAUUUUUUCAUUUCCCACAGUUAGAUAACGAUACCUCAACUGAUCACGUAAUCACCUAUGCGAAUACAAUUAGAAUUGUCAUUCGCCUUGAAAGCCACAGCGUGUAGGCAUAGAACUAGAGGUUUUAGUGUAACAGUGGGUGUUGGCGAUGAAAAAGCCGUCAAAGUAAUGUACGAAGAGAGUGAGGUCAGUGGAGGAGAAGUGUAAGCAAUGUGAAGAGUGUUGAUAUUAAUAUAGAGUUGGAAGAACAUUUCGACUCAGAGGUCCGACAUUUUGCCUCAACGCGCAAGGAACAUUUAUUUCACGCCUACAUCCUUUUGUUUUCCGUGUACAUUGUCAAUUGUUUGGGGAAAAAAAAUUAUAGUGAUUACAGCCUGGCUCGUUUUGGAUGGUCCGAGCGACCAACAGAAACAGGGCCUGUAGGCCAUGUGGUUUUGUAGAAUUCUUUUGUAGAAUUUUUUCAUGCGGAUGUUGAGGAACAAAUGGGCUGAGAAAAAGAAUGAAAAAUUAACAAAUGCGUGGAGUGAACUAGCACUGCAGAAACGGGAAACUUAAAACGCUUCGGUAGAAAAUGGGUGAAAAAGAGGAAAAGCCAAAGGGGCUGUUCCAGAGAAUAACCAUUUAUUACAAUGGCAUGAUAAACUAGAUGUGUUACAAGAAUAAGAAAUCAGUAAAAUUUGCAACACUUAUUGUAUAUAUCUCACUGAUUCAAUACCGAAUACAAUGUAAUGACUGCAUUAAUAGAAUUCCCAAAAUGUGUCAUUGGCUCUCAGUCUUCCAGAUUUAAAAAAAAAAUAUGUAGACAUAAAGCAUGGGUCGUUAAGUUGAGCAUUUGAAAUGUUUAAAUAAACCUUAUGCGCAACACACGCUAAACAUAACCGAAAACAUAAGAGGCGACUCAUUUACGCCAUACCUAUAAUCCUGGCUUUCCCCUCGUGCGUUGGUCGUUUCCGCUAAAAUGUUGCCCCCAGCAGGUCCACCUGGCAAAGACAAAUUUAAAAUCAAUCUAAAUAUGAAUUGUUUUAGGAUAGUUUUGGCCUCAACCUGAUCGAAUGAAAGAAUCUAAAACCAGGCGGUUUUGACAUGGACAACUACACGCAAUCGUGAACAAAAAGUCGUUGGGACAUUUAUACGAUGCAACGAAUUAUCUGUGUUUUACAACUGAAGUUUGGAAAAAAGCACUGCUAUCCUUAAAAAAACGCGUUAAGCAGCCAAUAAAAAUUAAGCACUUCAUGCCAGUUAGCUAAUAAUA